CAGACUUCACCCGCGCGUCCAACAUGGUCGGCGUCGUCACUCAUGCGCCUGGGCGCAUCUUGACUCUACCUGGUGCUUUCACAACCGAGGAGUGUGCUGCUCUCAUCGCCGAGGCGGAGGAUGCGGGCUUCAAGCCGUCCGCCAAGUCGGGUGGCGGGCAUGGACAGGUGGCAACGACUGGCGCCCGCACCUCGCAGUUCCGUGUCGUCGACAAUCAGAAGCUCGCCAAUCUGCUCUGGGAUCGCGUCAAGACGGCUGUGCCGGCCGACCUGCACGGGAUCAAGCCCGUGCCAUACAUGCCCAACCAGGCCACGCGAGGCGACGAGUACAGUGCCGUCGGGUGCAACCCGCACCUGCGCUUCUACAAAUACGACCCGGGACAAUUUGUGCUGAAGCACGACGACUAUCGCAUGUCGCGCUUCCGGGUUGACCCGGCGACGGGCGAGCACUAUGAGCAGAUGACCUUUCUGACGGUGCUCAUCUACCUGAACGACGAGUUUGCCGAUGGGCGGACCAAGUUCUGGACCCAGUAUGCGACCACCGACAGCAAGGGCCACUGCCGCUUCAUUCGCGAUGUCGAUUUCACCGAGGCGGACCUCGCCAUCAAGCCAGUGACUGGCAUGGCACUCGUUAACGACCACAUGGUGCAGCAUGAGGGUGAGGCGCCGCAGAAGGGCACCAAGUACAUCAUGCGCUCCGACAUUGUCCACGAGCGCCCCGUCCCCGCCGCUCGCGUCGCGGAGAAGUUUAAGAAGGGCCAGCUCUUUGGCGAGUGGACGCGCCACUACGAGCCCUCGUGCCUGCACUACACCGAGUAGCAGGUGCGAUGCCAAAGCGUGCGCACGAAUCCGGUGAAACGCCGGCGCCCCCGAAGGAUUCCCAGGUGUGCGGCGCACGCAAGCGGCUCCUGAGUGAAGUCGGAGGCAGUGAUGACACGUUGAAGGACCAGCUGAAGCGUGCACGUGUUCGCCGUGCAGCAACUGAAGGAACCAGAUUGCAGUAGGGUGUAAUGCCCACAGCCGAGCUUGAAGGCC